CAUCUCUUCUCUCCCGCGAUGCCCGACUACGACCGGGGCCACAGGAUGGCGGUCUGGGCCCACCGCGCGCCGGCCGGCUCGGAGGCCGUGGCCGCCGCCGCCCGCGGACCGCCGCUGCGGCCCGGGAGGGGGAACGGUAGCCGGAUCGGGACCGGCAGUUCCUCCUCCUCCUCCUCGACGGGGGAGUCGUGGGCCGGCGACCCGGAGACGAGGCGGCGGAGAAGGGUGGCGGGGUACAACGCGUACGCCGCGGAGAGCAAGGUGAGGGCCUCCCUCCGUAACGGGCUCCGCUGGUUCAAGGCCCGCUGCUCCGCCCUCGUCUACGGACGGUGACGCGCCGCACCCUCCCGGAGUUCCAUCAAAGGACGUCACUGGUUUGUAACGUUUGUGAUGAACCAACGUCGUGUCCUUCUUCUAACCACAAACGAAUCAAAACAAACCCAAAAAAAAGGAGACUAAUUAUCACCUGCCGGUGGCUGUUAAUGUUCCUCAACCUCUGUGUUGACUUCUCCUCUCUCAUAUAUUUCUUCGUAUUUGUC